UCAUUAUUUCACGUUGUCUGUGUAAUUAGACAUGAAAUGAACUUCAAACUUGGAUAUAUACCCAGGACCGUUCCUGAGUAAUUAAGCCCGCAUGUGCUUCGGGACCGGUAUAGUUAAAUAUAUUUUAGGGCCAAUUUGAGAAAAAUUGGUUAGCUCAAUUGGUUUUAACCAGUCGUUUGUUCAAUUUGUUUGAUAGAUUCGAUUCUUCCUCAAUACCAAUUUUACCAAAUGUUAUAAUACUAAAAGGCCAAAAAACUUAUUUGCACCUAGUCCCAAAAAAGUCAGGCGCGGCCCUGUAUAUACCCACGCUUUAACCCCGUAUUACAGGUUGUAACUACAUGUAAAAAGGCUUGAGACAUAAUCUUUGAAACUAUAAAAGUCUUAUUCGUUCAUUUGUGCUACAUACAUCAACCUCAGUAAAUUCCAUGUAAUUGUGUAUGUACGAGAUAUACGGAAUUGCUUAUGGGCUUAAGAGCAAGGUAACGAUCAAGAAGCUUUUGGUCAACUUUACGUCGACAUAGAGGUGAUUAAUGACGGCGAUAAGAGAGACAAAUACACUUGAGACCUUUUUUACAGAGAAUUCUAAGAGCAUGAUUAUUGGGAUGUUCUUAGGGUGAGGUUCUUAGCGGAAUAUAAGAACCCGUCUCUUAAUUUUUAACUAAAAAAACUAAGAACCGUCUCUUAAAACUCUUAUUUAAGAACCGGUUCUUAGCUUUUUUUAGUUAAAAGUUAAGAGCCAGGUUCUUCUAUUCCGUUAAAAACCCACUUUAAGAACCCUCCAAUAAUCAUGCUCUAAUGAAUAUUUAUUUAUGAGCUGAGAUAAUGUUUUUUAUAUAAAAAUAAAAAGAAAUAAUUGCCGCGCAAUCAGGGGUGUUAUUACUUAUUAGUAUUUAUUUCUCCAGACUGGACGCUUAUAUAAAGAACCCUAGUAAAGGUCAUAUACUCCAUCCAGGUGACUCCAUCCCUCUCACUCCCAUUUCUCCUCAGGUUAUUGUUUUCAAGAAGAUCUUAAUAUUCAGCUAAAAGGUAUGGGAACAAACGAUGCAACAUGUUCAGGACCAAUGAAAGCAACCUCCAAUGGAGUCUUUCAAGGAGAGAAUCCUCUUCAUUACGCGUUGCCUCUUCUGAUACUCCAGAUCUGCAUCGUUCUUUUUCUCACUCGUGUUCUUGCUUUUCUCUUCCGUCCUCUCCGGCAACCACGUGUCAUCGCCGAGAUAGUGGGUGGAAUAUUACUUGGGCCAUCAGCUCUUGGGAAGAGCUCAAAGUUUCUCAGCACUGUUUUUCCAACAAAGAGCCUAACGGUGUUAGACACACUUGCAAACCUAGGACUCCUCUUCUUCCUCUUCCUCGUUGGUCUCGAGCUUGAUCCCAAAUCCCUCAAGCGAACAGGAAAGAAAGCUCUCUCCAUCGCUCUAGCCGGAAUCACUCUCCCCUUCAUCUUUGGCAUCGGGACUUCGUUUGCUCUCCGUAGCUCCAUCGCUGAUGGUGUUAGCAAAGCUCCUUUCCUUGUCUUCAUGGGCGUUGCUCUCUCCAUCACAGCUUUUCCCGUUUUGGCUCGUAUCCUCGCUGAGAUCAAGCUUCUUACAACUGAUAUCGGAAAGAUUGCUUUGUCCGCGGCUGCGGUUAAUGACGUGGCAGCUUGGAUCCUACUUGCUCUAGCGGUGGCUCUCUCCGGCGACGGGAACUCUCCUUUAACAUCUCUAUGGGUGUUUCUUGCGGGUUGCGGUUUUGUCGUGUUCUGUAUAUUUGCCGUGCAGCCAGGGAUGCAGUGGCUUGCAAAACGUUGUCCUGAAGGAGAACCGGUUAAAGAACAUUACGUGUGUCUCACGUUAGGUGUUGUUCUUGCUGCUAGCUUCGUGACGGACCUUAUUGGGAUUCACGCGCUGUUCGGUGCGUUUGUGAUCGGUGUUAUCUUUCCUAAAGAAGGUCAUUUCGCGAGUUCUUUGGUUGAGAAAGUUGAGGAUCUCGUGUCAGGUCUUUUCUUGCCGCUUUACUUCGUCUCCAGUGGUUUGAAGACAGAUGUGGCGACCAUACAAGGAGCUCAGUCUUGGGGACUAUUGGUUUUGGUUAUCUUUAAUGCUUGUUUUGGUAAGAUUGUCGGCACGGUGGUGGUUUCUCUUUACUGCAAAGUUCCUCUUGACGAGUCAUUAGCACUAGGUUUCUUGAUGAACACGAAAGGUCUUGUUGAGCUCAUUGUCCUCAACAUUGGUAGAGACAGAGGGGUUUUGAACGAUCAAGUUUUUGCUAUAAUGGUUCUAAUGGCUAUAGUCACCACGUUCAUGACGACUCCUCUAGUUUUAGCAGUUUAUAAACCGGGAAAAUCCUUAACCAAAGGGGAGUACAAUAACCGAACGGUCGAGGACACAAACCAGUCUAACAAACCGCUUUGUCUUAUGUUCUGUUUCCAGAGUAUAAUGAACAUUCCCACGAUAGUCAACCUCAUAGAAGCAUCACGAGGCACGAACCGUAAAGAAAGUCUAUCAGUCUACGCCAUGCAUCUCAUGGAGCUCUCGGAGAGAUCAUCAGCUAUACUAAUGGCACAUAAGGUCAGAAGAAACGGUCUCCCUUUCUGGAACAAGGACAAAACCGGGAACUCUUCCGACAUGGUGGUGGUCGCAUUCGAGGCUUUCCAGAGACUCAGCCGUGUCUCAGUGCGUCCAAUGACAGCAAUCUCAGCUAUGGCGACUAUACAUGAAGAUAUAUGCCGAAGCGCUGAAAGCAAACGCACCGCCAUGGUGAUUCUUCCGUUUCAUAAGCACGUUAGGCUUGACAGAACGUGGGAGACGACAAGGAACGACUACCGUUUGAUUAACAAGAAGGUUAUGGAGGAAGCUCCAUGUUCUGUCGCGAUUCUUGUUGAUCGUGGCCUUGGUGGUGCGACACGAGUCGCGUCCAGUGAUUUCACGUUAGUGAUAACGGUUUUGUUUUUUGGAGGGAAUGAUGAUCGCGAGGCGUUAGCGUUUGCGGUGCGGAUGGCGGAACAUCCUGGUAUAAGCCUAACCGUGAUUCGCUUUAUUCCUAGUGAGGAGUUUAAACCGGAAAACGUGAAGCUGGAGAUAACCGAAGAUCAAGCCGGUUCAUGUUCAGGGGAAACUAAGUUGACUGAUAUAGAAGCUAUAACCGAACUUAAAGCAAAGGUUAAAGAACAAGAAAGCUCUCGUUCUGAUUCAGACAUCGAAUCUAAGAUCAUUUACGAAGAUAAAAUCGUGAGAUGCCACGAUGAAAUUUGCGAGGUUAUAAAAGAAUAUUCAAGAAGCAAUCUUUUCUUGGUGGGGAAGUCACCGGAAGGUUCGGUGGCGUCGGGGUUAAACGUGGUAAGAAGCGACACGCCGGAGCUUGGGCCUGUCGGGAAUUUAUUAACUUCAAGUGAAAUUGUUUCCACGUCCGCGUCGGUGUUGGUGGUGCAACAGUAUGUAGCAAGUUGUGAUUCUCCGGCUGUGGGAGUUCUGAAGAGGACCACGAAAGGAGUGUUGCCGGUUGAGGAUUCCAAGAGUCCUUAGGGGAUUGUCUUUGUGAUUCCAAGAUUCGAAAGGUCAAAAGAAUUGGCUUGUAUAAUAACAUCUGUUUCAUAUUGUAAGAUAUUAAAUGUGAAUGUAUGAUUUCUGUGUUAAAAAA